AUGGCCUUCUGGGUAGUGUUUGUUUUUCCCAAGAAGGAACAACUACUUUUAGAUUUCUCUUCUGGCAUAGAUUGCAUGAUAAUAGAUUUUGGCAACACAUCAGUGGUAGAGGAAAUUUUUCACGGCCGAAAGGCGACUUGCGGGGCGCGCUCGCCGCGGUGGACCCGUACGCUUCCUCUCGGGGACCCUUCACGCACUCGCGCGGCCUCGCCGUCCCUCGGGAGCCGGCGGGACCCCCGGCCGGCAGGGAGCGCCGGCGGUGGCACCAUGAGGCGGCCGUGGAGCGCGCUGCUGCUUGGCGCCCUGCUCUGCUCACACGGCCUGGCCAGCAGCCCCGAGUGUGCCUGUGGUCGGAGCCACUUCACGUGUGCGGUGAGUGCCCUGGGCGAGUGCACCUGCAUCCCCGCCCAGUGGCAGUGCGACGGAGACAACGACUGUGGGGACCACAGUGACGAGGACGGCUGCAUGCUGCCCACCUGCUCCCCGCUGGACUUCCACUGUGACAACGGCAAGUGCAUCCGCCGCUCCUGGGUGUGCGAUGGGGACAACGACUGUGAGGACGACUCGGACGAGCAGGACUGUCCGCCCCGGGAGUGUGAGGAGGAUGAGUUCCCCUGCCAGAACGGCUACUGCAUCCGAAGCCUGUGGCACUGUGACGGUGACAAUGACUGCGGUGACAACAGCGACGAGCAGUGUGACAUGCGCAAGUGCUCGGACAAGGAAUUCCGCUGUAGCGACGGGAGCUGCAUCGCUGAGCACUGGUACUGUGACGGUGACACCGACUGCAAAGAUGGCUCUGACGAGGAAAGCUGUCCUUCGGCAGUGCCAGCACCCCCCUGCAACCUGGAGGAGUUCCAGUGUGCCUACGGCCGCUGCAUCCUCGACAUCUACCACUGUGACGGCGACGAUGACUGUGGAGACUGGUCGGACGAGUCUGACUGCUCCUCCCACCAGCCCUGCCGCUCCGGGGAGUUCAUGUGCGACAGUGGCCUGUGCAUCAACGCAGGCUGGCACUGUGAUGGAGACACCGACUGUGACGACCAGUCCGAUGAACGCAACUGUACCACCUCUAUGUGUACGGCGGAGCAGUUCCGCUGUCGGUCUGGCCGCUGCGUCCGCCUGUCCUGGCGUUGCGAUGGGGAAGACGACUGUGCAGACAACAGCGAUGAAGAGAACUGUGAGAACACAGGAAGCCCGCAGUGUGCCUCAGACCAGUUCUUGUGUUGGAACGGGCGCUGCAUUGGGCAGAGGAAGCUGUGUAACGGGGUGGACGACUGUGGGGACGGCAGUGACGAGAGCCCGCAGCAGCACUGCCGGCCUCGGACGGGUGAAGAGAACUGCAAUGUUAACAACGGCGGCUGUGCCCAGAAGUGCCAGAUGGUGCGGGGGGCAGUGCAGUGUACCUGCCAUACCGGCUACCGGCUCACCGAGGACGGGCGCUUGUGCCAGGAUGUGAAUGAAUGUGCCGAGGAGGGGUACUGUAGCCAGGGCUGCAGCAACAGCGAAGGAGCUUUCCAGUGCUGGUGUGAAGCAGGCUACGAGCUCCGGCCUGACCGGCGCAGCUGCAAGGCUCUGGGGCCGGAGCCCGUGCUGCUGUUCGCCAACCGCAUCGACAUCCGGCAGGUGCUGCCGCACCGCUCCGAGUACACGCUGCUGCUCAACAACCUGGAGAACGCCAUCGCCCUCGACUUCCACCACCGGCGCGAGCUAGUCUUCUGGUCGGACGUCACCCUGGACCGGAUCCUCCGGGCCAACCUCAAUGGCAGCAACGUGGAGGAGGUGGUGUCCACGGGGCUGGAGAGCCCAGGUGGCCUGGCUGUAGACUGGGUUCAUGACAAACUCUACUGGACCGACUCGGGGACGUCGAGGAUCGAGGUAGCCAACCUGGACGGGGCCCACCGGAAGGUGCUGCUGUGGCAAAACCUGGAGAAGCCCCGUGCCAUUGCCCUGCACCCCAUGGAAGGGACCAUAUACUGGACAGACUGGGGCAACACCCCCCGCAUCGAGGCCUCCAGCAUGGAUGGCUCUGGGCGCCGCAUCAUUGCUGACACCCAUCUCUUCUGGCCCAAUGGCCUCACCAUUGACUAUGCCGGACGCCGCAUGUACUGGGUGGAUGCUAAGCAUCAUGUCAUCGAGAGGGCCAAUCUGGACGGGAGUCAUCGCAAGGCUGUCAUUAGCCAGGGCCUCCCACAUCCUUUUGCCAUUACGGUGUUUGAAGACAGCCUGUACUGGACAGACUGGCACACCAAAAGCAUCAACAGUGCCAACAAAUUUACUGGCAAGAACCAGGAGAUCAUUCGCAACAAACUCCACUUCCCUAUGGACAUCCACACCUUGCAUCCCCAGCGCCAGCCUGCAGGGAAAAACCGCUGUGGGGACAACAAUGGAGGCUGCACCCACCUGUGUCUUCCCAGUGGCCAGAACUACACCUGUGCCUGCCCCACCGGCUUCCGCAAGAUCAGCAGCCACGCCUGUGCCCAGAGUCUUGACAAGUUCCUGCUUUUUGCCCGAAGGAUGGACAUCCGUCGGAUCAGCUUCGACACAGAGGACCUGUCCGACGAUGUCAUCCCACUGGCUGACGUGCGCAGUGCUGUGGCCCUUGACUGGGACUCCCGGGAUGACCAUGUGUACUGGACAGACGUCAGCACUGACACCAUCAGUAGGGCCAAGUGGGAUGGAACAGGACAGGAGGUGGUAGUGGAUACCAGUUUGGAGAGCCCAGCAGGCCUGGCCAUUGACUGGGUCACCAACAAGCUGUACUGGACAGAUGCGGGGACGGACCGGAUUGAAGUGGCAAACCCAGACGGCAGCAUGAGGACCGUCCUCAUCUGGGAGAACCUUGACCGUCCCCGGGACAUCGUAGUGGAACCCAUGGGCGGGUACAUGUACUGGACUGACUGGGGUGCCAGCCCCAAGAUUGAGCGAGCUGGCAUGGAUGCCUCAGGUCGCCAGGUCAUCAUCUCUUCUAAUCUGACCUGGCCUAACGGACUAGCCAUUGACUAUGGGUCCCAACGGCUGUACUGGGCUGAUGCCGGCAUGAAGACCAUUGAAUUCGCUGGGCUGGACGGCAGCAAGAGGAAGGUGCUGAUCGGAAGCCAGCUCCCCCACCCCUUUGGGCUGACCCUCUAUGGCGAGCGCAUCUACUGGACUGACUGGCAGACCAAGAGUAUCCAGAGCGCCGACCGACUUACGGGGCUAGAUCGGGAGACCCUGCAGGAGAAUUUGGAGAACCUUAUGGACAUCCACGUCUUCCACCGCCAGCGGCCCCCCGUGUCCACGCCAUGUGCUGUGGGGAACGGCGGCUGCAGCCACCUGUGUCUUCGGUCCCCAGCUCCGAGCGGCUUCAGCUGUACCUGCCCCACGGGCAUCAACCUGAUGCCUGAUGGCAAGACCUGUUCACCAGGCAUGAACAGUUUCCUCAUCUUCGCCAGGAGGAUAGACAUACGAAUGGUCUCCUUAGACAUCCCUUACUUUGCUGAUGUGGUGGUCCCGGUCAACAUCACCAUGAAGAACACCAUUGCCAUCGGAGUGGACCCCCAGGAAGGAAAAGUGUACUGGUCAGACAGCACGCUGCACAGGAUCAGCCGUGCCAAUCUGGAUGGCUCGCUGCAUGAGGACAUCAUCACCACAGGGCUGCAGACCACAGAUGGGCUCGCAGUGGAUGCCAUUGGCCGCAAAGUAUACUGGACAGACACCGGCACCAACCGGAUUGAAGUGGGCAACCUGGAUGGGUCCAUGCGGAAAGUGCUGGUGUGGCAGAACCUCGACAGCCCCCGGGCCAUUGUCCUGUACCACGAGAUGGGGUUCAUGUACUGGACAGACUGGGGGGAGAACGCCAAGUUAGAACGGUCAGGAAUGGAUGGCUCGGACCGGACUGUGCUCAUCAACAACAACCUUGGAUGGCCCAAUGGACUGACCGUGGACAAGGCCAGCGCUCAGCUGCUCUGGGCUGAUGCUCACACAGAGCGAAUUGAGGCCGCGGACCUGAACGGUGCCCAUCGGCACACACUGGUGUCACCUGUGCAGCACCCAUAUGGCCUCACCCUGCUCGACAACUAUAUCUACUGGACUGACUGGCAGACACGCAGCAUCCAUCGUGCUGAUAAGGGUACUGGCAGCAAUGUCAUCCUGGUGAGGUCCAACCUCCCAGGCCUCAUGGACAUCCAGGCUGUGGACCGGACACAGCCACUGGGUUUUAACAAGUGCGGUGUGAGGAAUGGCGGCUGCUCCCACCUCUGCUUGCCUCGGCCCUCUGGCUUCUCCUGCGCAUGCCCCACUGGCAUCCAGCUGAAGGGCGAUGGGAAGACCUGCGACCCCUCUCCUGAGAUCUACCUGCUCUUCUCCAGCCGUGGCUCCAUCCGGCGGAUCUCGCUGGAUACCAGUGAUCACACGGACGUGCACAUCCCUGUCCCAGAGCUCAACAAUGUCAUUUCCCUGGACUACGACAGUGUGGAAGGGAAGGUCUAUUACACAGAUGUGUUCCUGGAUGUUAUCAGGCGAGCAGAUCUCAAUGGCAGCAACAUGGAGACAGUGGUCGGCCGUGGGCUGAAGACUACCGAUGGGCUGGCUGUGGACUGGGUGGCCAGGAACCUCUACUGGACAGACACGGGCCGAAACACCAUUGAGGCAUCGAGGCUAGAUGGUUCUUGUCGCAAAGUGCUGAUCAACAACAGCCUGGAUGAGCCUCGGGCCAUUGCUGUCUUCCCCAGGAAAGGAUACCUCUUCUGGACAGACUGGGGCCACAUAGCCAAGAUUGAGCGGGCGAACUUGGAUGGCUCUGAGCGGAAGGUUCUCAUCAGCACGGAGCUGGGGUGGCCCAAUGGCCUCACCCUAGACUACGACACCCGCAGGAUCUACUGGGUCGAUGCACACCUGGACCGGAUUGAGAGUGCUGACCUCAAUGGGAAGCUCCGGCAGAUCUUGGUCAGCCAGGUGUCGCAUCCCUUUGCACUCACUCAGCAGGACCGGUGGAUCUACUGGACAGACUGGCAGACCAAGUCAAUCCAGCGUGUUGACAAGUACUCAGGCCGGAACAAGGAGACAGUGUUGGCAAAUGUGGAAGGCCUCAUGGAUAUCAUUGUCGUCUCCCCUCAAAGGCAGACAGGGACCAAUGCCUGCGGUGUGAACAACGGUGGCUGCACCCACCUCUGCUUUGCCAGAGCCUCAGACUUCGUGUGCGCCUGUCCUGACGAGCCCGAUGGCCGGCCCUGCUCCCUUGUACCUGGCGUGGUACCCCCAGCUCCCAAGGCUACCAGCCAGAGUGAAAGGAGCCCCGUGCUCCCCAACACACUGCCAACUACCCUGCGUUCCUCCACCGCCAGGACUGCUCUGGAGGAUGUAGAAGGAAGGUGCUCUGAAAAGGAUGCUCAGCUGGGCCUCUGUGCACAUUCCAACGAGGCCGUGCCUGCUGCGCCAGGGGAAGGACUUCACGUCAGCUAUGUCAUCGGUGGGCUCCUCAGUGUUCUGCUGAUUUUGGUGGUGAUCGCAGCUUUGAUGCUGUACAGACACAAAAAAUCCAAGUUAACUGAUCCUGGCAUGGGGAACCUGACCUACAGUAACCCCUCCUACCGAACCUCCACUCAGGAAGUGAAAAUUGAAGCCAUCCCAAAACCAGCCAUGUACAAUCAACUAUGCUACAAGAAAGAGGCCGGGCCCGAACACAACUACACCAAGGAGAAGAUGAAGGUUGUAGAGGGGAUCUGCCUCCUGUCCGGGGAUGACGCCGAGUGGGAUGACCUCAAGCAAUUGCGCAGCUCCAGGGGGGGCCUGCUGCGGGAUCAUGUGUGCAUGAAGACAGACACAGUGUCCAUCCAGGCCAGCUCUGGCUCCCUGGACGACACGGAGACAGAGCAGCUCCUGCAGGAGGUGCAGUCCGAGUGCAGCAGCGUCCACACAGCCGCCACUCCAGAAAGACGGGGUUCUCUGCCAGACACGGGCUGGAAGCACGAACGCAAGCUCUCCUCGGAGAGCCAGGUCUAAAUGCCUCUGUCCCUUCCUUCCCUGCUGUUCCUUCUCCCGUAUGGAUUCCAGUCCUUGUGCUCGCUUAUACAACAAGCCCCUUCCGUGUGCUCGUCCCGGGCCCCUUCCCACCCCAUCAGUGCUCCUGAGCCUUCCCAGGGGCUGUUUCCACUUGAGCCCAUAACCACCUGUGCACAAGAAAAUGAUGGCGCAUCCGAGAAGGCAGACCUGGACUUUACCACGCACCUUGCUUCUUGACUCCAUUCUGAGCUCCCCUGAAAUCAGGCUUGGUAACAAGCCCAGUUCGGAGCAGAGCUCCAUCUCCCCUACUCCAGGGGCCCCCAGUGCCUGCUCCACAAGAGGUGGUGACCCAAGACUGCAUUCUCCCCCAUCAGAGCUGGCGUCUCAUGUCUCUGAGAGAACUGGCCCACCGGUGGCUGGGGUGGGGGGUCAUUGGGAAAGAGAUGAAGGAUAGAGGCGAGAGGAAGAGGGGAAGUCAGCCCAGCGGGCAUGGGCAUCCGGGAGAUCCUCCAGCCUCAGUGUGUUGGUAAUAUGACAGCGCUUUUAGGGACAGUUGGGCCUCGGCAGUCCUGUCCAUUGCUGGCAGUGGACAUUAAUCUGGUCCUGGGAGUCACUGUUUUCUCAGGGGCAGAUACUGGUGAGAUCUGGGUGUGCCUCACACUGGUCUUCCUCCUAUGGAGAUGUCUGAAGCCUAAUCUACCUUCAGACCUGGGGCCCCUCUUACAUGGCAGCUGGCUAAUAUGAACCUCUUCUAGUGUCACCACUGGCCAGUAUCUUUUCUAAGUCCUUGGUUCUAUGUAGCCAGCUUGUGAGCCAGUAGCUUGAGUUAAUGUGGGGGCCUUGAGGCUGAGUCUUUGCAAUGUCUAGGGAGCAUUGCUUAGGCCAAAUCACCUGAAUGUUCAUGUCCUGUCAUUCUCUUCUUCCUUGUUCUCCGGGAUUCUGAGUGUAGUGAUCUUGAAACAGCCUUUCAAAGAAGGCCAGACUUGGAAGGAGAGCAAUGAAGAACGGAGGCCCCCAGGGCCUGGAGGGAAGUAUCCGUGAGGUAGAACCUGUAUGUUCUCUCUCAGGUGCUCAGGGAUCUAAUGGACAAAGAGUGGCUCUGGGGCAGUGAGCCCAUUCCUGAGCUCCUCCCAGCCAAGUGACUUACUUCCGCGUGAAGGUGCUUCACUUGGCUCACGCUCAGCCACAGCAAGGCCAUGUGUCUCAUGCUGGGGUCAGGGAGUCGAAGCUUUGUUCUGUCCUAAGACGUCUACCUAGCUCUUCACCUUUAUUUUGGUUCCUAGUUUGCUUGUUUUGACCUAAUCUGGUGGCACCUGUGUGAGGAAGUCUAAACCACAAAGAUGCAAAGUGGUAGACCAGGAGUAGAAAGGGAGGGCACAGCACUGACGGGGCCCUUCCAGCCCAGGGAGGUCCAGGCCUCGUCCGCUGGGAACUAGAAACUGCUGAGAAUGGAGGGGAGUUUUCUAGUUUGCAACACUUUAUGUGGCAUUUGUAUUGAGAAGUCAGUUGCCAAACAUAUGAGUUGGAAAAUGAGGAAAAGAACUCCCUUUUCUGGCCUGUUCUGAAUGACUGUAGACAGGUGCCAAGCCCUCAGCCCUGCUCUCAGCAACCAGCCCAGGUCUGCACCUCCCAGCACAGCCAGGCCAAGAUGGCUCUUCCAGACAGAGUGGGAAAGGGGAGGUUCCACUUCCAGGCAGAAAGGGACCUUUCAGACUUGAUGGGGAAGUAGACCAAGGAGCACUUUCGGCCUCAGACUCAAGCUUGGAGAAGGGGAGAACGUAACAAAGUGGCAUUUUCUUACUGGGGAGGGGAAAGGAUCUUAUUGCACUUGGGCUAUUCAGAAUGUAGAAAGGACAUAUUUGAAGAAAUAUCUAUUUGAGCACUGAUUUACUAUGUAAAAAGCAAAACCUCUCUGUCCUAAACUAAUGGAAGUGAUUCUCCCGCGCUCAUGUGUAAUGGUUUUAACGUUACUCACUGGAGAGAUUGGACUUUCUGGAGUUAUUUAACCACUAUGUUCAGUAUUU